UUCGGGGUCAUGUGAUGGGUUUGCUGUGUCUGCUGGCUUCCUGCCUGGGAGAGAGAAAGUGCUGCUUAGGGGCCAGCGCCGAGACCACCGGCCCCUAUACAGGUUGGCACAUCCAAAUGCAUGGUCCAGCUACAGAAAGUGAAUAAACAUGGUUGACUUUCUGGCAGAGAACAACCUUUGCGGACAAGCUAUCCUGCGCAUUGUCUCUCGGGGAAACGCUAUUAUUGCUGAGCUGCUGAGACUCUCCGAGUUUGUGCCCGCUGUCUUCAGACUUAAGGAUAAGGCCGACCAGCAGAAAUAUGGCGAGAUCAUAUAUGACUUCAGUUACUUCAAGGGGCCGGAAAACUGGGAGGGGAGGCUGGAGGCCAAACCGGAGCUCCAGGAUCUGGACGAGGAAUUCCGGGAGAACAACAUAGAGAUUCUGACAAGGUUUUACCUGGCUUUUGAAAGCGUCCACAAGUAUAUUAUGGAUAUCAUUAGGUAUCUAGAAGAUCUAAAUGAAGGAAUUUAUAUCCAGCAAACCUUGGAAACCGUUCUUCUCAAUGAGGAUGGGAAGCAGCUGCUGUGUGAAGCUUUGUACCUGUACGGGGUGAUGCUCCUGGUGAUCGAUCAGAAGAUUGAGGGCGAGGUGCGGGAGAGGAUGCUGGUCUCGUACUACAGAUACAGUGCAGCCAGAUCCUCUGCCGACUCCAACAUGGACGACAUCUGCAAGCUGCUGCGGAGCACCGGCUAUUCCAGCCAGUCAGGGUCCAAGCGUCCCCCAAACUACCCCGAAACCUACUUCAGCCGGGUGCCCAUCAGCGAGACCUUCGUCAGCAUGGCGAUUGCCAGACUGAGAUCGGAUGAUAUUUAUAAUCAGGUGUCUGCCUAUCCCUUACCCGAACACCGCAGUACCGCUCUUGCCACGCAAGCUGCCAUGCUGUACGUGAUCCUGUACUUCCACCCAUCCACCCUACAUACCCACCAAGCCAAGAUGAGGGAGAUAGUAGAUAAAUAUUUCCCCGAUAACUGGGUGAUCAGUAUUUACAUGGGGAUCACAGUAAACCUUAUGGAGGCCUGGGAACCGUACAAAGCUGCAAAGACUGCUCUGAACUACACACUGGACCUGCCCAACAUCAAGGAGCAGGCCUCCAGAUACGCAGCUAUCGUUGAACGCCUGCACCCUCAGGUCCAGCAGUUCCUAAAGGAGGGCUUUCUGAGAGAGGAGUUUGUGCUGGACAAUAUUCCUAAACUGCUAAACUGCCUGCGGGACUGCAACGUCGCCAUCCGGUGGCUGAUGCUUCAUACUGCGGAUUCAGCCUACGACCAAAAUAACAAGCGCCUUCGUCAAGUGAAAGACCAAGUCCUGGCUGAGUCCAAGUACAACCCCAAGGUCUUGUUCCAGCUGCUGCUGGACACGGCGCAGUUCGAGUUCAUUCUCAAGGAGAUGUUUAAGCAGAUGCUGUCAGAGAAACAAACCAAGUGGGAGAAGUAUAAGACGGAGGGCUCGGAGCGUAUGACGGAGCUUGCAGAUGUCUUCUCUGGAGUUAAACCUCUCACUAGAGUGGAGAAAAAUGAGAACCUGCAGGCCUGGUUCCGGGAGAUCUCCAAACAGAUCGAGUCCUUAAACUAUGAUGACUCCACUGCUGCCGGGAGGAAGACCGUGCAGCUCAUACAGGCCCUGGAAGAGGUCCAGGAGUUCCACCAGCUUGAAAGUAACCUUCAGGUGUGCCAGUUCCUGGCUGAUACAAGGAAGUUCCUGCAUCAGAUGAUUCGGACAAUCAACAUCAAAGAGGAGGUUCUGAUCACCAUGCAGAUAGUGGGCGACCUGUCCUACGCCUGGCAGCUGAUUGAUAGCUACACGUGUAUCAUGCAGGAGAGUAUAAGGAUCAGUCCCGCCAUGGUCACCAAACUGAGAGCCACGUUCCUAAAGCUGGCUUCCGCCCUCGACUUGCCCUUACUGCGGAUCAACCAAGCAAACAGCCCUGAUCUCCUCAGUGUAUCUCAGUAUUAUUCCGGGGAGCUGGUGUCCUAUGUCAGGAAGGUCCUGCAGAUUAUUCCUGAGAGCAUGUUUACGUCCCUAGCUAAAAUCAUCAAGCUCCAGACCCAUGAUAUAAUGGAGGUACCAACGCGCCUGGACAAGGAUAAACUGAGAGAUUAUGCUCAGCUGGGAGCUAGAUAUGAGGUGGCCAGACUGACCAACGCCAUUUCCAUAUUUACUGAAGGCAUCCUGAUGAUGAAGACCACACUGGUGGGAAUAAUCAAGGUGGAUCCUAAGCAGCUGCUGGAGGACGGGAUACGGAAGGAGCUGGUUAAGAGGGUGGCGCUGGCACUACAUAAAGGUCUCAUCUUCAACCCUAGGGCCAAGCCCAGCGAGCUGCUGCCAAAGUUGAAGGAGAUGGCGGCCACGAUGGACGGGUUUCACCGCUCGUUUGAGUACAUCCAGGACUAUGUCAGCAUUUAUGGCCUGAAGAUCUGGCAGGAAGAAGUGUCUCGUAUUGUAAACUACAACGUGGAGCAAGAGUGCAAUAACUUCCUCCGCACAAAGAUUCAGGACUGGCAAAGCAUGUACCAGUCCACACACAUCCCCAUCCCGAAGUUCCCGCCUGUGGAUGAGUCUGUGACCUUUAUUGGGCGUCUGUGCCGUGAGAUCCUGAGAAUAACCGAUCCAAAGGUGACAUGUUACAUAGAUCAGAUGAACACCUGGUACGACAUGAGGACCCACCAAGAAGUUACAAACAGCCAUCUCUUCUCCGAGAUCCAGGAUUCUCUAGGGACGUUUGGCUUAAACGGCCUGGACAGGUUACUGUGCUUCAUGACUGUGAGAGAGCUGCAGAACUUCCUCAGGUUCUACCAGAGGACAAUUCUCAAGGAUAAAACCGCUCAGGAAACACUGCGUGCUCUGCAGAAAGUCGUGAGUCCACUGAAGGGGAUUAUCGCCAAUUCUGCCAAAAUAUAUUCAUCAGCCUCUGCCAAAACCCAGAAGAUCUGGGCUCCAUACCUGGAUGCCAUAAUGAAGGUUGGACAGAUGCAGAUUCUGAGGCAGCAGAUUGCUAAUGAACUGAAUUACUCCUGUAAGUUUGACUCCAAACACCUGGCAGCGGCUCUGGAGAACUUCAACGAAGCCAUAUUAUCUGAUAUUCAGGCGCAUUACAAGGACCCGACUCUUCCCUGCCCCAAAGAAGACAACACACUGCUAUAUGAAAUCACUGCCUACCUGGAAGCCGCGGGGACACACAACCCUCUGAAUAAAAUCUACAUCACCACUAAACAGCUGUCCUUCUUCCCCAUUGUCAGCUUCCUGUUUCUGAUCUCUCAGCUGCCCAAGCUGCAAUAUAGCAAGAACCUAGGUAUGACCUGCAGGAAGCCCACAGACUCCAUUGACUGGCCGCCCCUAGUGCUGGGUCUCCUCACAUUGCUGAAGCAAUUCCACUUCCGCUACACGCAGCAGUUCCUGGCCCUCAUUGGUCAGUUCAUUCGCUCCUCAAUGGAGCAGAGCACAAGUCAGAAAAUCCCGGAGAUGCCGGCAGAUGUGGUCAGUGCACUUAUGUUCCUGGAAGAUUAUGUUCACUUUGCCAAGCUACCCAGGAGGGUGGUUGAAGCUCACGUUCCCAGUUUCAUCUUUGAUGAGUUUAGGACAAUCCUGUGAUUGGACAGAAGACCGCCAGUGCUCGGUGACUGGGAGAAGCUGAGUGAUGAUUCCAGGGGGCCACAGCUAGGCAUAUGGGUGUCCGGUCACGUCUGUACAGCUGCAUUGCCAGUGACUAGUCGCCCAACGCUGCAAUCUCCGUAACCAUUGUACAAUAUACAGCUGUUAAAGAGAAGAGUAUUAUACAUAGCACUUACAUAUGUGGAAAGUGAUUUAUAAAUUAUGUUUUGUCCUUUCACAGAAUAAAUGGACCUGAUGGAGUUUUCUUAAUAAAAUCCUGUUUAGACCCA